CCGCGGACAUGGCUGGUCCUCUCAGUCAGACGGCGGCGCGUCGAAGGGGCUUCGGUGAUGGCGGUUAAAAAAAAAUAAUGUAAAUAUCCAUCGGCGGUUGCUUAAAUCGACAGGAUUUAUAAAUUCAUUAAGUGAAGUGUUGUGCAUUUUAGCCGCUGAGAUGAAGCGGUGCAAGUCCGAUGAGCUGCCCCUGGAUGAGGAGCAGGGGGUGAAGCAGGGAGCUGGUGCUGAUGCUGCACUAAGGCAGCAAGGUGAUGCUGCUCCAACAGAUGCUGCCUGCCCAUCGCUCUCACUGCCUCCAUCAUCCCGCAACAGCAAAACUCAAGAUCUGAAGAAAAUCCAGCAGCUAUCUGAAGGAGCUGGUUCAGGUGGUAUGUUUGGACAUGGUCUGAAGCAACUUUUCCACCAUCGAAAGCGGUCUCGAGAACGUGAUCAGAGUAUGCAAGAUUCUUCUCAACUUCACCACCAUCCUCAUGGACACUCUGAUCAUGACUCUGCAGAUGAAAAGGAACGGUCUCCUGAGAUGCACCGUGUGUCCUAUGCCAUGUCUCUCCAUGAUCUUCCUGCUCGUCCCACAGCCUUCAACAGGGUGUUACAGCAGAUCCGGUCUAGGCCAUCCAUCAAGAGAGGAGCCAGCCUCCAUAGCAGCAGUAGAAGGUCAAAAAGUGGCCCAGCUGAAACCCAGAAAGGGAGUCCUCAUCUUGUGCGGAAGGCACCUCAGGACAGUUCACUGACUGCAAUCCUGCAGCAGCAUCAAUACAGACCCAGGUCAUCUUCCACCACAGACACAUCACUUGCUGCUGGAGAGAUCAGCAUCACCCACCUAACAGGGGACGAGUCAGAGCGGAUCACUGAUAAGCUUGAAAAGGGAGAUGUGAGUACACUCAGUUUGCCAGCAAACACCAGCCAUGGGGGCUCAGACUCCAACAUCAGCCUUGAUGUGCCUGAUGGGACCCCAGAUCCUCAUAAGACAAAAGCCGCCAUAGACCACCUUCACCAGAAGAUCCUGAAAAUCACAGAGCAGAUAAAAAUCGAGCAAACUGCACGGGAUGAUAAUGUAGCCGAAUACUUGAAGUUGGCCAACAAUGCAGACAAACAGCAAGCUUCGCGUAUCAAGCAGGUCUUUGAGAAGAAGAACCAGAAAUCGGCACAGACAAUUGCACAGCUGCACAAGAAGCUAGAACACUACCACAGAAAACUGAAAGAGAUUGAACAAAAUGGUCUUUCGAGGCAGCCAAAGGAUGUUCUGCGGGACAUGCAGCAAGGUCUAAAGGAUGUGGGUGCCAAUGUUCGAGCUGGAAUCAGCGGAUUUGGUGGAGGUGUGGUGGAAGGUGUGAAGGGAGGCCUGUCCGGUCUCUCUCAAGUCACUCACACGGCUGUAGUUUCCAAACCACGAGAGUUUGCCAGUCUGAUACGAAACAAAUUUGGCAGCGCCGACAACAUUGCACACUUGAAAGACACAUUGGAUGAGUCACAUCAGGAAGAGACCACCAGGACUCUGAGUGGCAGUGCUACAUUAGUGUCAAGCCCCAAGUAUGGAAGUGAGGAUGAAUGCUCCAGUGCAACAUCUGGCUCUGCAGGUGGGAGUAACUCUGGGGCGGGAGCUGGAGGCAUGGGGAGCCCCAAAUCGAAUACGCUUGACAGCCAUCAUAACAACUUCGAUACUAUCCUGGAUGAACUUCGCGAAAUUAAAGAUAACCAAUCACAUCUGGAGGAUGCAAUGGAAGAUUUGAAAGGGCAGCUACAAAGAGACUAUGCUUAUAUGACGCAGUGUUUGCAAGAAGAACGAUACAGGUAUGAACGCCUGGAGGAGCAGCUGAAUGAUCUGACUGAGCUUCAUCAAAAUGAAAUGUCUAACUUGAAACAGGAGCUUGCCAGUAUGGAGGAAAAAGUGGCAUACCAGUCAGAUGAGAGGGCCAGAGAUAUCCAGGAAGCAUUGGAGUCGUGUCUCACCCGGAUCACCAAACUGGAGCUUCAGCAACAGCAGCAGCAGGUGGUGCAGCUGGAAGGGGUGGAGAACGCUAAUGCAAGGGCACUGCUGGGCAAAUUCAUCAAUGUUAUCUUGGCACUCAUGGCUGUCAUACUGGUCUUUGUCUCCACCAUAGCCAAUUUCAUCACUCCUCUCAUGAAGACACGGUUCCGGGUGCUUAGCACGCUGCUGCUGGUGCUGUUCCUCGUGUCCCUCUGGAAGCAAUGGGAAAAUAUUAUGUACUUGUCAGAACAGAUCCAGUUGCCCAGCUGAUCUGGACAUUUUUGAUAGCUGACAGAUCGGCGUGCUUUUUUUUUUUAAGACAAAGAUUCCUAACCUCUUGUUUUUCUCUUCCUCCUCUCUCACCCCACCACCUCACAUCGAUAUCGAUGACAUUGUUGGUUUGGCAGCUACGUGCAACAAUGUGAUUCACAAUGCGACGAGGCCCGAUUAGAAGGAAGAGCUGACGAACUGCGUUGCUCUUUUAAAGUACCUUAACGGAACAGGCUGUGAAAACUAGUUGCACAUCGACUGAAGGAGGCAACGAAGGAAGGAAGUUUGAGGAAGACACUGUUAAUGAAUUGUACCAUUUCAGUAUUUUUUUUUGUUUUCUUGUUAACUUAUAACAAAUAUUUAAGAGUCUUUUUUGUGGGGCAGGGAGAGAAUCGAUAUUGUUUGACUGACUGCUUAUAUGUUUAUUUAUAACUAAUAUACAUUCGAUAUAGCACAAAUGGUUUGCAAAAUCCCCUAAGCUUAAUCACAUUGCACAUUCCGGUUUAUGUGAAAACAGUCCUUGCAAGAAGUAGAAAUUAGAUUCUUUCUUCUUAAGGCACUGGGAGGAUGGGAGGUGUUGAAGAUAUUUCUUUGGGACUGCUGAACAGGCAGUGGAGGAAAUUUGCUUGGCCCUGUUGGGAAUAUUUGCAAUUGAAGAAAUGGGUAGAACGUUUGAAGAAAAUUUGCAGAUGCUACCGUGACAGAAGGAUGCCGCCACACUGGACCAUAUUUUAAAAAGAAUUUUAUUUUAAUUUUCCCAGUCUUGAAUCUUUGUCGGUGGUUUCAUUUGCUGCUGCAGCUGCCAGCAUCAGUAAAUGGGGAAACUGUUGUAGUCACAUGUUGGCUAGCCACUGCAAACAUGAAAUGGUGAGAGAUGUCUUGGUCACUGAGAUAUUGCUGGAUUAUGACACAUGACCUGCAAUUGAGGUGGGUGGGAAAGUAUUUUGAGUCACAGUAGGAUCCAUUAGUGCAGUAGAAAGUAGAUACAUUAUAACCUGUUCAAAAAUUCAAUUGACGGUGUUAUUAGGAAUUAAGACCAUCAUGAUAUGCGUUACUAGGUAGAUUUUUUACAAUUUGUUAUUUUUUUAAAUGUAUUUAAGCACGAUGGGUUAUUCCACUUUUCUCUCCCCCAUAUUUUGCAAUCACUUGACCUGUUAACCAGGCAAUGGACACAUCUCUCUGAUGGAGAGAGAGAUUUAGGUCUACAUGUUGGGUUUGGUGUGAAUAUUUUAAACAAUUAAAAUUAGAUAAGUACAUUUUUCCCAGCUGCUGUGCUGUCGUUGCAGGGUAUGUAUCAGCUUUGUGUGGGUAAGUAACGAUUGACUUAAGUUUGCUUCAUCAGAAAGCAGUGGCUUUUUGUGGUGCACUUCUUGAAUUUUUUUUAAAGAUUAUAUUUUUUAUUUAUAAGGACAAUUUGGUGAAGCGACAUGGGAAUAUUUUCCAUCCAGGUGCCAGUUGAGCAGCACCCAGUAGAUCAGGAGAUUAUAUGGGGGCAUGUUUCCCCUUUUCCUUUCUCCCCUCUUCUUCCACCCGCACCACACCCUCUCUCAUUCUCAUAUUUAGUUCCAAAGACAUUGUGAGCUAAUAGAGAAUUAUUGGGAAGAAGAAAUCGGGUGUUUGACCUUCAGCAGGCAUGAGAAAAGCAACACAGUACAACAGCAAUAGCAGAGAUUGUGGCAAUAGCCCAAACUGCUAGCAGAGCUCAUAAUGUGCUUAAGAUGUGGUCACAGAAUUGUCCACACAUCAAGCAAUCAAAUAGUUCAAUGAAAGGUUGUUUCAUCUAAAAUCAAAAUUCCAGCCCAUACCAUGGAUUCAUAUGAAGAAAGCUGUUUUACCUAUUUGCUCUUAUCUACCCAAGCCAUGACAACAAUGUGUAUGUCCCACUUUUUGAGCAUUAUUUUUGCCACAUUUCAUUUCCUGCAUUAACUACUUGGGGAAAUUUGUGCUUUCAUUGUUUCUAAUAUUUACUGUAGGGUUGAGUAAGUUUGUAAUUCCAGUAGGUAAACUGCCAAGUAAAUACAGAUUAUAUUGGGAAUCAAUCCAGAGGUGAGAGUUGGGGAGCGCAGCAAUAAAAAGCCCCCUCAAGCAAAGGUGAUUUAGAAUAGAACAUAAGAUACUUACAGUAGAGAGAAUACCAUAAAAACAUUCCCAAAGAGAACAAUACGUUUAACAUUUUUUUCCUGUUUUAAUCUGAGAAUUGCCAUCUCUUUUGGUUAUUUUUUUUAAGCCAUUAGCACCAAGGAAGCAUUGUCAGACUGAGUACUGGUUUGAAAAUCUGUGUGCACUUAAAUGGGCUCAGAAUUAUUGAAGCCUGCACAGAGAGAGCCUUCCCAUCAGUGGCCUGAAAACAGGUUAUAAGUGAGAAUGGCAGUGUUGUAGUUUUAUGGAAUUUGCUAGGACCAUGAUUUGUAUUUGCCUUGAUAAGUAAUUACGUCAAAUGGUGAGACUGAGGCAAAUAGACCUGAAGGUUUCAGGCUUGCACUGAAUUUCUAGGCUUGUUCACAAGAAUGAUUGCUUAAACAUAGUAGGGAGAAACUGUACCACGGGUCUUUGGAAAAGGAAAAGGGAAGGAGAAGCAGUAUGGAAGGAGAAAGAUGAUAAGGUCAUAAAUAUAUAAUAUGGCCACUCAGUUAGUUGCAAGUUAAAUAAUCUUAGUCCAGUUUUACUGCAAAAACAUAGCCACAGGAGAUAUGGGGCUAAUGCAAUGCUAUGCAAGGAUGUGGUGUCAGUGGGGCCAUUCUAACACCAAUAGUACAUUACAAUGUGUGUAACAGGAAGGGCGAUAAUGCAAGGUAAUAUGCCAUUAACGCAAUGGAAAUUCUCACCAUUUAGGAAGGGGUGUGCUUUCCGGUGUAGGUGCAGCAUGAGGAAAAAGGAGUGCACAGUUUGAAGGUCAGUUUGUAAUCUUCAGUUUAACAAGACAGAAUAUUUUUAUGUGAAGUACUUUUAGUUAAAACAUUUUCUUUAAAGCAUUUUUUUUUCCUGUUUUGAAAAGAGUAACUUGAACCGUUGCCUUUGUUGCAAAUUUGCUUGGUUGGUCAGAGUUAUAAAUCUACAGCUUUAUGAAGAUUGAUGAUGGAGCAUUACUGUCCUGAUCUGUUUGAUGCAGGAAUUUAAUAUAUUAAAAAUCUUAAAUCUGUGCGUGCUUCCUGUUUUAGUUUUCCAGUAUAAAUUUCGACGUCCACAUUUAAAAUCGAAGCUUACUUUGUAGACUUGUCUUGCUACAAAGGUACUCUCUUCCAGUGAUAGCACUGCUGUACCUCCACCAGCGAGAGGGUGCAGUUGUAGGGUGGCAGGUUUACAUUGGUGUUUCCAUUAAUAAAGUGGGCAUAGGAAUUUAAAAUGGAAAUGUAACAUUUUAAAAUGAGGAUUGAAUUAUAUUUGCAUGCACUGGUAAAUUUAUCCCCAGCUUCUAACCCUUGUUUAACUGAUUUUGACUCUCUGCAAUGCUACAGGACAUUAACUAAUACAAUACCUAUGUAUCAAUGAGUUAUUCAAAAUAAUAUUCUAAGGAAACCGAUUCCUGGAACUAGGACAAUUUCAAGAGAGGUAAUUAGACAUACGCAAUGCUGACUAUUGCUCCACUUGUUCCAGUAACAUCAGUAAUUACUGCUCCUAUUGGCCUUGGCAACCAGAUUGCUACACAAGUACUGGCUGGAUUUUAGUGGUUUGAAUUGUAUAACGUGUUUUUCUUUUCACCGCCUACUGGUUCCAACAUUUCUUAGUCUGUAGCCCAUCACAUUGAUGCAAGUAUAAUCAUAAGGGAUGCAAUCAAUGAGUCACAUGGAUAAUAACUGAAUUUACAAUACUGAAAAUCUAUAAUAGAAAUAUAGUAUCGACAAAUGCAGCAGGCAUCUGUGAUGGGAACGGAAAACCUGAAAAAUAAGAGGUGAGCAGGCACAUUAGUACAGUCAGAAAAGGGUGAGGGAGAAACUAUACACACACAGGCAAACCUAAAGAUGCAUGAUUGGAAUGAUGAACCAAUCUGUGUUUUAUCAUUUCACUCAUGACUUCUCUUUGUGGGCAUAUGUAUAUGCUUCCCUUUCCCUGAAUGCAUUACCAUGCUUGUGUGCCUCUUUUCGGUUUUGAAGGCAGGUCUGCAUCCCAAGAUUAACUUAUCUGCCCUCUCCACAGAUGCUGACUAGCCUGCUGUGUGUUUCCAGCAUUUUUUGAUUCAGCUAAUUGUGUGAUUUGGAUUUAGGCCUUCCAUCAGGGCCUUGAUCCCUGGUUAAGCCUGAGGCAAAUCGGUUUAUGCCUUAACAGCUGGCAAUGAAUCCCACAAAUUAACCACACCUACUGCGCGUUUUGCUGCCUGGGUACAUUAAUUUUGCACAAAAAGCCCAGGUGGAAGUGGAUGUGCCAGUUCCUGAGCAUCUACGCUAAAGCAAAUCAUUAGCCACAACACAUUUGUUUCCCUGAUUUAUGGCCAUGUAACUGGCUGACAGGAGUACAAAAGACAAAAUGAAUAGAACAAAGCAAGUUGCUAAGCCUACAACUUAACAAGCUUUCAAGUGGAUCUUAUUUUCACAAAGUUUGGAUUUGUCAUUUUGUCACAAACAUUAAAUCGUAAAUAUUGUGAGUCAUACAAUAGUAAAGUUAAUUGAACACAGAAUUAAAACCAAAGUUUUCAUUGCAGAAAUUAUCCAAUAUUGGGAAAGCAUUUCUACUCUCACCACAAUAAAAUUGAAAAAGAUUUUUUGCAUGAGUUGACAAUUUCAUUGUAAGGAAUCAGAUUCAUUCUUCGUGUGUCAGCAACUAAACAAUUAAUUGAUAUUUUCCUUUUCCACUUUAACAGUACUGUACUUUGAAGAUUUACUGCCACUUCCCAAUCAGGGUUCUCCCUGGAGAUCUUGCAGUUCUUGCAGCAUCAAGCACUUUAUGCACAAUAGACCUUUAUCGUAAAGCAGUCAAAAGGCGCAUUUAUCUUAGUGCUUAAGUACAGGAGGUAAUAGAUCCUGUUCAGGAGUGUUACCACAGUGCUGUACUGUAUUACUUUAGGUGCACAUGACUUUGCUGUGAAUAACGGGCUGCAAGAGCAAAUGCACACGACCUGAUAUUCCUCCAUUUGCUUUACUGGAACAGGCAGUCUCAAUUUGGUGGCAGAUUUGUGGACCUACAUUUUUUUUUUGGUCCAUAGUACUGUUGGUUCACUGAAUAUCAGGUUAUUUGCAUCAAAGAGUGUCACUGACAGAGGAAGAACAGCGUGUUUUCCAUUGGCUGCACUCUUGUAUUAUUUAAAAAACCUAAUAUAUAGAGAAUGUUGUGGAGAACAAUUAGAUGUGGAAAGCAACUAAAUGUCCAGUUUAUCCCAUUGGUGGCAAAGAUCUGGUAACACACUAGUGAUGGUUAUUUGAGUGUAUGAAGAACAUUCAAAGAACUGAAAAAGGAUAGCUUCCUGUUUAAUAUAACAGCAUAAUACAACUUAUCUUUAUUUUCCAAGUCCUAAUUGAAUGUUUUAAUGCUUACCAUUAUGCUGUGUGAACUAGUUUCCUCUUUUCUCCCAAAAUGGCCAGCUGCUAUUACAGAAGUUUUUUGAAAGUCCUCAAAAGUGGCAUUAAAGAAGUUGCGGGGGUGGGGUUAUACUUUUUAUUUGAGGUACACCUCCACCUUCUAGUAAAAAUAUGUGAAAAUGGAUUUAUUUUAUUUUAAUGUCAUUUCUAGUUCUCAUUCCCGGCUAAUUUGCUGUAUGACUGAGUUUGGAUUGUGCCGGAUUAAUUCUUUGGUUAGCCCGGUGUUUUAAAUAGGGACACUCCCCAUCAUGAGAAGCAAGAGCUGUUCAAUACCUCUGUAGCCAAGAAAAAUCAUGACUAUAGUUUUAAAAAUCUUUAAUCCAAGUGUUUUUCUCAUCAUCAAUUGGGAAGUACUACGGACAAAAAGUGCUCCCUCCUCAACUUACCUUCUGAGCUUAACUAAGUUUUCAAACACUAUUACAUUGGUUUAGUAAAUGAGGCAAGGAGACAGCAUGGAAAUUGAUUCCAUGCAGAGUAUGUAUUUUUGUUUUAAUGUUCUGUUUGCAUUGAUCUACAAGGUGGCCCUUUCCAUUUCAAUUGCAUAAAAUUGGGUCCUCUUUUUAAAGUGCUUUGAAAGAGCGGAUUUACAGCAGUAAUGUGUCUUUCACCUUCAUGCUACGUACAAAAAAAAUUUUCUAGUUUUGUAUUCUUGAGAAUUCAAAGAUGCAAAAGGCGUUAGAACUAGUGGACAUUCAAAAGUACAUAGCUUUUCGAGUCAAGCAUGGAACAUGAUCCUACAGCAAGCCAGGCUAGUUGUAAUGCUGUAUAAAUAAUCAUCUCUGGUUAUGUUCUCUCCUUUAACAGAAAACAUGUGUAAAACACUCCCUUUAUAGCACAUGUUGUACAGAGCCCAAAGACAGCCUUAUUGAUUAAAGGGAUCGGUCUACCUUAUUGAUUAAAGGUCUAUUGUGGUACAGUAGAGAGUAUAGAAACCCUUCUCAUGGGGUGUUGUGCAUUACAGAUUCUAAGCCCAUCUGGGUCGUACGUUCUCCAAUUGCUGUAAAGAAUGUAAACUAUUGCAGUCCUUGUUUUACAUGCAAGCUCUAAAGUUUAUUUUAUCAAGCUAUUUGAAGAGAUACCUGAAGUUAAGUUAUAAUAUGUUUUUAUUAUUGACUGAAUUAUUUAAGUUGCUAUUCUUGCUGAUGCUCCGAUAACAUGCCUUCCUGACUCUGAUGUCCUUUUCUACCUGUUUUCCUAUGUGCAGACAUCAGAUCAGUUUUAUUGCUGCACCAACUCCUGGGGAACAACUUUGUACAAUUCACGGACUGUUCCUGUGGUAUUUCCAGAGGGUGUAAAUGUUUAUUAUUUGCAGUUCCGUUAUUUCAAGAUAACCUGUACUGUUUUAAAUUUAUUUUGCUUUCAUCUUCAUAUUGCAAAAUAUUUAUUUAUUACUUGAGAGCAGUGACCUUUUACAGAUUUCUUCCACAAGUAUUACAAAGGAGAGUACUUAUUUGCAGGUGACAAAUAUGUUCAUUGCUUUUUUUAAGAAAAAAGCAUUCCUGUGUUGCAAAUUCUGAUUGGAAGAAUUCUGUGCUUGUAUUUAAAUACGAUCCCUGUUUCAAGGUGCCUCAAGGAUGGGAAAGGCAAUUUGGUCCAUUGGAAGUCCAUUCCACGUGCAGAUCACUUCUUGUGUGAAGAAAUUGUUCCUGUUAUCAUCCCCAAAAUUAUCCUUUAAUUGUUUGAACCUGUCACCUAUUGGACACCACAGAUGGCUUUCGUGUGUCCAAAGUAUGAAUUGAUGUUUUAGAAUAUAUUAAAAUAUCGGGAAAUUAACAACCCCCUACCUCAGCAUUUCAAAGUCUUAGUUUUCCCAGAGAAUCAGAUUAGUUGAUGCAUUUCCAUCCCGGUGCUCACACUACACAGGCUGUGCUUCAUUACUUGCCUUUGGUCUUAAGAGUUGAGCUUUACUUGGGGCACUAUAGUGGGGAGGGGCAAAAUGAGCUUAAGUUCCCACUCCUAAAUUGCUAUUCAGUGAUGCUGGCUGGGAAGUGUGCAUGUGUGUGGCCGUCAGGCACAAGUGUGACUGUGAUGCUGUCUAUUAUUGAAUAGCCUGACCAAGCUCAGAAUAGCCAGCGGAAGGAGAGUGGAGAUACCAGAGGGCUGCUGACUUGUUUGGAACUAUCACGAGGAGUCUGUGAUUGGAAACAAUGUUGGGGGGGUGGGGGGUGGUUAGGAUGGCUGGUGAGGGAGAAAAAUUAAAACCUCUCUGUAUGUUUGGCAAGCUCUGCUAACACUUGGAUUCCACGGGGAACUUAUCAAAGCUAUAUAGUUGGUUUGUCCAAACCUAAAAUCUCAAAUUUCAAUGCCAGUUUCUUUGGCCCUCAAGGUGCUUAAUUAACCAUGCAGCUGAACUCUUUUGCCGUGCAAAACACAUCCCCAUGCCAAAGAAUUUGAUAUUGGUUCUGUCAUUGAGAUGUUUACUUAGGUUGACAAAGAAUCAUGGAAUGAGUUAUACAUUUUUUGGGUGGGGGGCAAUAACUCAAUUGGCAACAUUAUCCGAUUAACAUUGUUCUGUAUAAAUGGCAAGGAUGAAGAAGUUCUUGGUUACUUAUAGUCACUGAUCCCCUGGGAAACUUCACCUGCCAGUGUUCCUUGUUAUCCAUAUGUGCUCAGCAUAAAGAUCUGGGCCCAAGAGUUUUCAAGGAUACACUUUAUAUCGGAAUCUCCCAUCAUCCAUUCAUUGUAUUUUAUUUUCUAGAAGAAUAAAUGUUCUAGAUAAAUGUACACCUCUGCAUACAAUCGAAACAAAAACCUGAAAUAAAAUUGUCAAAAAAUAAA